GUAACAAUUCACCAGAUGUUCCAAGAAUCACUAGAGAAAUACAAGUCUCUCAAUGCAUUGGCCAGCAAAAAGAAUGGGAAAUGGGAAAAGAUAACUUUUUCUGAGUAUUACAACCUUUCUCGGAAAGCAGCCAAAAGUUUCCUAAAGCUUGGCCUUGAACGAUUCCACAGUGUUGCAAUUCUGGGUUUUAAUUCUCCAGAAUGGUUCAUUUCGGCAGUAGGAGCUGUUUUUGCUGGUGGCAUUGUGACAGGGAUCUACACCACCAAUUCUCCAGAGGCUUGUCAUUAUAUUGCUCAUGACUGCAGAGCUAAUAUUAUUGUGGUGGAAAACCAGAAGCAGCUGGACAAAAUAAUACAGAUCUGGGAUCGUUUACCGUACUUAAAAGCUGUCGUGCUGUAUAAAGAUAGUGUGCCGGAGAAACAUCCCAAGUUGUUUAUGAUGGAUGAAUUCAUGGAGUUGGGAAAUGAAAUUCAGGAUGGAGAACUUGAUGCUGUCAUUAACUCCCAAGAGGCAAACCAAUGUUGUGUUCUGAUCUACACUUCUGGAACAACAGGGAAGCCAAAGGGAGUAAUGCUGAGCCACGACAAUAUAACCUGGACAGCCGCGCAUGCCAGUCGAGCAGGAGAUAUGCAACCCGCUGAAAUCCAGCAGGAAAGGAUUGUCAGUUACCUCCCCUUGAGCCAUAUUGCUGCCCAAAUAUACGAUCUCUGGACUGGAGUCAAGUGGGGCGAAGAGGUUUAUUUUGCAGAACCGGAUGCUUUGAAGGGAAGCCUGGUUGAGGUCCUGAGAGAAGCACUGCCCACCGCCCAUAUGGGAGUACCCCGGGUGUGGGAGAAGAUGAUGGAGAAGAUCAAAGAGGCUUUUUCUCAGACUGGAUUGCUGAAGAAGAAGAUGCUGUCUUGGGCCAUGUCGGUCACUGCAGAACAAAACCUGAACUGCUCAAAUAGUGUUUCAGAGCCCUUUUGGAUGAGGUUGGUGGACUCUUUGCUCCUCGCUAAGAUCCGCUGUGCCCUAGGCCUUUCCCAGUGUCAGAAGCAUUUCAGUGGAGCUGCCCCUCUCCCUGUGGAAGUAUCGCAGUUCUUCCUUGGCCUGAACAUCCCCCUUUACGAAGCGUACGGGAUGAGCGAAACCAGUGGUCCCCAUUGCACGUCUGGGCCACACACUUAUCGACCUAACAGCUGUGGCAAGGCUGUCCCGGGCUGCCUUGUUAAGAUAGUGAAUGAAGAUGAACAUGGCAAUGGGGAGAUUUGCUUUUGGGGACGGACAGUCUUCAUGGGCUAUUUGAACAUGGAGGACAAGACCAGGGAAGCGAUUGACCAAGAUGGCUGGUUGCACUCUGGAGAUCUUGGAAAGAUGGACAAGGAUGGGUUUCUUUAUAUCACUGGAAGGAUUAAAGAGCUCAUUAUUACAGCUGGGGGUGAAAAUAUCCCCCCCAUCCCCCUGGAAGAAGCUGUCAAGAAGGAGCUCCCACUAAUUAGCAAUGUUGUGUUGAUUGGAGAUCAGAAGAAGUUCUUGUCUAUGUUGCUGACCUUAAAGUGUUCAGUGGAUCCUGAUACAUCUGAACCAACCGACUGCCUGACCCAGGAAGCCAGAGACUUCUGCCAAAAAGCUGGAAGCAAAGCCACACGGGUGUCUGAGAUUGUACACACAAGAGACCACGCCAUUUACCGGGCUGUGCAAGAUGGCAUAGACCGUGUCAACAGGCGCUCUGUUAGCAACGCUCAGCGCAUUCAGAAGUGGACGAUCCUAGGAAAAGAUUUCUCUAUUUCUGGUGGAGAAUUUGGUCCGACAAUGAAAUUAAAGCGGCAAACUGUUGUUAAGAAGUACAAAAAUGAAAUUGAGGCUUUUUACAAGGAUUAAAGUUUCUGUCAGGACGAGAAAUUCUGCCAGCUUCUUCUGUAGAAGACCAUUGCUUGAAGACCAUCAUAUUCCUAUGCAAACAUUACUUUGAAAAUAUAUGAAUAGCUUUUGCAAUUGGGGCUGAAAGCAUCUUUGGACUCUGGUCUAUUACUUCUCAAUAUUAUUUUCACUUUAGCAACCAGAAAGACCAAAUCAGAACUCCAAAAUACAUUCCAGUUAAUGUAGACUUUUAUUCUACAGUAUUUAUAUGGACUAGAAAUGGAAUGAUCUAUUAAGCUGUCCCUUGAAAAUACUUUUAAAUCAAACUGUGUAUCUUGAUGUAAUCUAAAUUUCUUGGGAACUAUUUAACUGCAUGUCACGAAGAGUCGGACACGACUUAACGACUAAACAACAAAAAUUUAACUGCAUGGAUGUAGGUCAUGUUUAAGCCAGCUCUGAAAAAAAUAUAGGUUACAUUAUAAAGCUUUCCAUUUCAUAUAAGCAAACAUUGACAGAAAAGUUUCAUAGGUACACCAAAAUACACCUAUGAAACUCUCUGCAGUGAACCAAAAUAAUUGGUCCACAGCGCUGAUGUGUUUAUUACAAGAUUUUUAUACUGCCAUAUUCCAUGAUUCCAGACAGAUGACGAUGAAUUUUUAUUCAACAAUUCUCCAAGAUUCCAGACCUCUUUUUUCUAGCCUUAGUUUUUAUUGAGAAUUUUGAAGACUUUCCAUGUUUCAUGACUAAACUUCUGUUUGUUACCCAAAUACACAGCUUAGCCUUAAUGCCUUUUCGAGAAUCAGUCUGGGACUCUGCUGAGGUUAGAGGGAAAUGCAAACUGGAUGGCUGGAGCAUUUAAAGCUUAUUAAAAGAGCAAAAGCAAGAGAUGUCUUUGUAAAGUCUUUUAUUUUCCUCUCAUUAUGCAUACAAUGGUAGCCCCGCUCACUUGGUACAGGUGGACAGACAGCCGCCGCCGCCAAAACGUACAUUCUGAACUAGGAGAAGACUGUUUCCCAGAUUUGGAGCCUGUACUGGCAUAUGAAAGUUACUGCAUUAAACAGGGCGCGGAAUCAAACACAGAAUAAGCUCGCUCUCUCAUGGCUACUUUUCUGAUUGAUUAGGGUACUGAACGGGAAUUCUUAGUAGCAAUGCAAGCAGUUCUGCAGGUUUGAUUUCAAUGUGAAUGAAACCCCCCUCAAAAAAACAAAAACAAGACACACACACACCAA